AUGAUAUACCGAGGUUUGGUGCUAUACGACGGCAAGCUGUCGUCGGCCAUAGUGUUCAUGUACAACCCAGUGGCAACUGACGGCCAGCUGUGUCUCCAAUCAGCUCCCAAGGGCAACGUGUCAUACUUCGUGCACACACCGCACGCGCUCAUGUUACAGGAAGUCAAAGCGGUGGUUACGCAUUCAAUACACAGCGCGUUGAACUCAAUAGGCGGGGUUCAAGUUCUAUUCCCGUUGUUCGCCCAACUGGACUUGCCGCACGACGCGCCCGCAGCCGAUCCCAAAAGAGACCCCAUGCUAUGCUCCAAGCUCCUCGGCUUCGUCUGCUCCCUGGUGGAGUCUUGCAGCACGGUCCAGCAGCACAUGCUGCAAUGCCGGGGCUUCCUGGUCGUCUCGCACAUGCUGCAGCGCUGCAGCCGCGACCACCUCACCCCAGACACCCUGGCAUCCUUCCUACACCUCACAAAGCACCUGGUGACUUGCUGCUCGCCCAACUCGGAUCUCCUGCUGAAACAGUUGCUCGACCACAUCCUGUUCAACCCGGCCCUAUGGAUCCACACGCCGGCUGCAGUCCAGGCUAGACUGUACUGCUACCUGGCUACGGACUUCCUGGCUGACGCUCACAUAUACGGCAGCGUGAGGAGGGUCAGCACUGUACUCCAGACAGUCCACACGCUGAAGUUCUACUACUGGGUCGUGAACCCACGGUCGAAGAGUGGCAUCUCUCCUAAGGGAAUGGAUGGCCCACGCCCCGCCCACAAGGAUAUCCUUACCAUCCGCGCGUACAUCCUUCUCUUUCUAAAGCAACUCAUUAUGAUCGGCAACGGCGUCAAGGAGGACGAGCUGCAGUCGAUACUAAACUACCUGACCACUAUGCACGAGGACGAAAACUUACACGAUGUCUUGCAAAUGCUGAUUUCUCUUAUGUCGGAACACCCCAGUUCGAUGGUGCCAGCUUUUGACGCAAAAGGUGGUGUGAGGACGAUUUUCAAGCUCCUAUCAUCAGAAAGCCAACUUAUAAGAUUACAAGCUCUGAAACUACUUGGAUUCUUUCUUAGCAGAAGUACACACAAACGAAAAUACGACGUGAUGUCUCCUCACAACCUAUACACGCUGCUGGCGACGCGGCUGGGAGCGUGCGGCGAGGGCCUGGCGCUGCCGGUGUACAAUGCUUUAUACGAAUUGCUGACGGAGCACGUCGGGCAGCAGAUCCUGUACACCAGCCACCCGGAACCGCAGCCACACUUCAGGCUGGAGAACCCCAUGAUCCUCAAAGUGGUGGCAACAUUGAUCCGGCAGUCGAAGCAGACGGAGCAGUUGCUGGAGGUCAAAAAGCUGUUCCUGUCUGACAUGACACUGCUGUGCAGCAACAACCGCGAGAACCGCCGCACAGUGCUGCAGAUGUCCGUCUGGCAGGAAUGGCUGAUAGCGAUGGCGUACAUCCACCCCAAAAAUGCUGAGGAGCAAAAGAUAUCCGACAUGGUGUACUCUCUGUUCCGGAUGCUGCUGCACCACGCCAUCAAGCACGAGUAUGGUGGUUGGAGGGUGUGGGUGGAUACGCUGGCUAUUGUGCACUCUAAGGUCUCAUACGAAGAGUUCAAGCUGCAGUUCGCUCAAAUGUACGAGCACUACGAGCAGCGGCGCGCUGACAACAUCACGGACCCGGCGGAGCGGCAACAGCGCCCGAUCUCCACCAUCUCGGGCUGGGACCGCCACGCCGACGCGCGCGUGCCCGACGCCGACAGCGUUGCCAGCUCGCCCGUCUCCAUCCGCAAGCAGAACGUCCUCAACCACGCCGCCCAAACAGAAAUCGGAAAAGGCCUGUCUCUCCGAGAAGUCGAGGCCUGCAGCUGCAAAACCGACGAUCGGACUACACAGGUCGUGUACAGUGAAGUGUGUAAAGUGCAUAGCCCUAAGCGUACCGAAGUGCCCCCCGAUGGUUGUGAUAGUGUUAAAUGUACAGACAGUGAGGUGGAACACGCGAUAGACGAGGAACCGGAACACAAAUUGCUCAAUGCGGAUAGCGAAUUAGUCGACUCUAUUAUAAACGAAAACAAAUAUUUGGAGAGCUCCGAAUCUGGGAUCGCGACGGUUGAAAACUCGGAGAAGACGGACAAGCCUUUGACGAGGCAGGGAAGCCUCGACUACAUCCCGGUCAGAGACGUCGGCGACGGCGUCUCGAAGGACGACAACACGGAUAAAAGCGAAGGGAUAUCUUCCAGUUUGUCGGCAAGUGAAACUGCGAGCCCUGAGAGGGUUGCCGAACUUAACAUAGUGACAGAGAGAGAAUCGGAGUUGUCGGAUCCGUCCGAGUUGUAUCUGACGCCGAGCGAAGCGACUAGCCCUAAGAAAACGCAAGAUAAGACUGACAUACACAUUCCAGACGACGACAGUGAUGACCCUAAGCACGUCGCGAUAAACAUCGUCAAUGACGUGCUGACGAUCGCUUUAGAAACUGUCAGAUUAAAAACAGAUGACGACACCGAUUCAGGUGCGAUAUCGGGAGGCUUACAUUCCGAAGGUAACACACCAAACGGUCGCGAGGAUUUCGAGCAUGAAAUCGAAGAAAUCAUUGACGAGAAACGAAUGGCGGAAGCUAUCGCCAAUGAGCUCGUAGAUGAUAUUAUUAGUAAGGUAGUUUCGAGUGAGGAGGAUAAGGUAGAAGACGAAAAUGUAAAUAAUACGUCGGACGAUAACAGCCCUCAAAGGGUGAUACCGUCUGACCAUCCGCACGAGGGGAACGUUUUGCCUCUCGAUGGGGAAUUUUUAGUCAAUUCUAGGAAAGAGGAAGAAGAAAAGACAACAGAAACCGAAAUCGUUGAUGAAGUGUCUGAAGAAAACGCGAAAAACGAAAGCCAAAGAGUAGAGAUGCCCACAGAAGAGGAACCAAAGACGCCGGAAAUUCCACCUAUAUCGACGAUCAGCGAGAAUAUCUCGCUGGCUAAUAAGAAGGAACAAGAGAGUGAGGAGGAAAGGAAUCGAGAGGGAGAGAGAGAGAAGCGCCGCGUCAGUCUGCCGGGAGACGGCGAGAUGAAGCAGGACAGCAAUAGGAGCGAGGGCGUGGCCUCGCAAGGGACGAAUACAUCUACGUCACCGAAGAGGCCGCGAAGCGCUUCUACGAGCACUCAAGUAGACUCAAACCAUUUCGAAUCCAAGCGGCCGUCGAAAUGCUCGCGAGCCAUGUUCUCGCCGGGCCCGACGCGGCCGCCGUUCCGCAUCCCUGAAUUCCGCUGGUCGUACAUACACCAGCGGCUGCUGUCUGAUGUUCUGUUCUCGUUAGAGACUGAUAUACAGGUGUGGCGAAGCCACUCAACCAAAUCCGUGAUAGACUUCGUGAAUAGCAGCGAGAACGCGAUCUUUGUGGUGAACACCGUUCACCUGAUCAGCCAGCUGGCCGACAACCUGAUCAUCGCGUGCGGUGGCCUGCUGCCGCUGCUGGCUUCGGCUACCUCGCCCAAUAAUGAACUCGACGUCAUCGAGCCGACGCAAGGCAUGCCUGUAGAAGUGGCGGUGACGUUCCUUCAGCGUCUUGUCAGCAUGGCUGACGUGCUGAUAUUCGCCAGUGCGCUGAACUUCGCUGAACUAGAAGCUGAGAAGAACAUGUCUUCUGGAGGCAUCUUGAGACAGUGCUUGAGAUUGGUGUGCACGUGCGCGGUGCGCAAUUGUCUCGAGUGCAAGGAGCGCCAGCGAUACGCCGCCGCCAGAGCCGCGCGCCCUACGGACUCGCCUGACCCCAAGAGUGUGGUGGCAAGUCUUGCCGAUGCUUCGAGUCCUGUCAAGGAUCCCGAGAGGCUUCUUCAGGAUAUGGACGUGAACAGGCUUCGAGCUGUCAUUUAUAGAGAUGUUGAGGAGACGAAACAAGCGCAGUUCCUGUCUCUAGCGAUCGUUUACUUCAUCAGCGUGCUCAUGGUGUCAAAGUACCGCGACAUCCUCGAGCCGCCGGCGCACGCGCCGCCAGACUGCGCGCGUAGGCCGCACCACGCACACGACCAUCACGAACAUAAUGGGGAUGACGUGGAAUACGCCAUGAUAGUCGUCGAUGAGAACAAUUCCACGAUAAAUGAUUUGGACUCGCCCUCAAUGAAGGAGUCGAGUGGGAAGGAAGAGGCUGUUGCCAAAAUUGAGACGACGACUGACGAACUGAAGCCGAGCGCUGAAAAGCCGAAAGAGAUCGAGAUAGCGGUGACGCCGGCUUCUGAAAAGGAGGAGCCCCUAUACAAGUCGAGCCUGCGCCUCAAGCAGACGAAAGCCAAGAGCGUGGACUCGAUAGAAGACGCGGGUUCCUUCCACCUCAACUCGACGGAGACCACGAAUAACGAUCCUGAGACUUCCAGUGAGAUUGCCAUGGACGACAAUAAACAUCCGGUCAGCAACGACGAAUCGUGGACGGACGUGAACCUGAAUGAAGAGGGCGAGAGAGGGCCGGCCACCAUCACCGGCAGGACGCGAGACCACGAGGGAAAUAUACACGAAGAUAUAGACAAACAAAUCCACAUGAGGAACUCUGAGUCGCACCACCACCUGCAACAGAGGCAUCAGAAUAGGAACCUACAAGCUGCACAGAGGCAUCUACACCCUGACAACGAGACUCUAGCCGGUUUAAGCGCGAUGAACGCUUCCAUGACCGCCGACGGCGCAUCCCGCGAGGCGUCUCUCACGCACAAGUUGGAAACAGCGCUGGGCCCCGUGUGUCCUCUGCUGAGAGAGAUCAUGCUGGACUUCGCCCCCUUCCUGUCCAAGACCUUAGUUGGAAGCCAUGGACAGGAACUGUUGAUGGAGGGUAAAGGCCUGCAGACCUUCAAGUCCAGUACCUCCGUGGUAGAACUGGUGAUGCUGCUGUGCUCCCAGGAGUGGCAGAACUCUCUCCAGAAGCACGCGGGGCUGGCCUUCAUCGAGCUCAUCAACGAGGGGCGGCUGCUGUCGCACGCUAUGCGCGACCACAUCGUCAGGGUGGCCAAUGAGGCCGAGUUUAUAUUGAACAGGAUGAGAGCUGAUGAUGUGUUGAAACAUGCCGAUUUUGAGUGCUUAUGCGCAACCACGAGUGCCGAGCGAGCGGAGGAGGAGCGAACGUGUGAACGACUAAUCGCUGCUGCGCGACGUCGAGAUACUGCCGCCGCUGCAAGACUGUUGGACAAGCUGCGACAUGCCGCCACACACCCUGGCAACACGAGCCAGUUCUGGAAGCUGGACUCGUGGGAGGACGACGCGCGCCGCCGCCGCCGCCUCGUGCCCGACGCGCGCGCGCGCCGCCACGCCGAGCCAAAUAAAGAGAGACCAGUGCACUAUCCCUGCCUCUUGUUCUCAGUUGCCAAGAUCUACAGAUUAACCGCCAAUAAUGUUGAAAUCAACACGAGCCAGUUCUGGAAGCUGGACUCGUGGGAGGACGACGCGCGCCGCCGCCGCCGCCUCGUGCCCGACGCGCGCGCGCGCCGCCACGCCGCCGCGCCCGCCGCGCCGCCGCCGCCGCCGCACCACGACGCCAUACUACAGGCCACAGAAGAGUUACACGCUCGAAUCUGCGCGGGCGGUGGAGGAGCGCGCGGUGCACAGCUGGCCACGCCGGCCGCCGCAGAACUCAUUGACGACGCCGAACUACUGUUAGACGACAGAGACAUUGACGCGGACCUUACUGGUCCAGUGAACAUCAGUACGAAGGCGCGGCUGGUGGCCCCAGGGCUGGUGGCGCCGGGCACGGUGUCGCUGACCUCCACGGAGCUUUACUUCGAGGUCGACGACGACGACCCCGAGUACAAGAAGAUUGACCCUGAGGUACGUGCCUUUAGAGUUUAA